UAUAGUGGAUUUUGUAUGGAUCUACUUCAAGAACUUGCUUCGUCCAUGAAUUUUAGCUUUAUAAUUGUAAUGCCCGAGGAUGGUCAAUGGGGCGUGGUAGAAAACGGAAGUUGGACAGGACUGGUAGGACAAAUAGUUAGAAGGGAAGUAGAUCUAACUGUAGCACCGUUGGUAAUCUCUUCAGAACGUUUAAAAGUUAUGGAUUUCAGUUUUCCUUUUUUCCACGACUAUUCCACAGUCUUAUACAAACUGCCGGAUCCUAAUCUAUAUAAAUGGAGAAAGCUGAUCGAUCCAAUGAAAGGAGAAGUAUUUAUGUGUAUCCUGAUCUCGUUUAUGAUAGUCACCAUAACCCUGUAUGUGAUGGAGAAACAUAAUCCCUUCUACCAGAAAUUCCGUAUACAUUCUUUCCAAGAAUAUGUCAUAUAUGUUUUUGGAGCUAUGCUAACACAGGGAGGACCUAAUCAACCUCGAUCAUCCAGUGGAAGACUUCUAAUCGCCUGUUGGUGGUUAUUUUCAAUAGUAGUGGUAGCUAUAUAUAGUGGUAAUCUAAUAGCGUUCUUAACAGUUACCAAAGAUCAGCCACCAUUUGAAACUCUAGCAGAACUUAGCCAACAAGACACAUAUAAAUGGGGCACAAUAGGGGGUACGAUCUGGACCACCUUUCUUAAGACAGCCAACACUCCCGACACGAAGGCAUUAUGGGCCGGUGUAGUCAAGUUUAACAAGACGGAUCCAGUUGUGUUAAGUAUUGACGUUGACACACAUCUAAAGAAAGUAGCCAAUGGAAACUAUGCUUUCUUAGCUGACAAGGCGAUGCUAGAAAUCAAGAUGGCGACUGAGUGUGAUUGGGUGUUCUUAAAAGAACUGUUUUAUCCUCUACAAUACGCUGUAGGAUUACCAAUGAAAUCACCCUACAAUAAAUUAUUUUAUGAUGAAAUGUUACGAAUUUAUGAGACAGGAUUGUUACAAAUUUGGAAAAAAAGAUGGUGGCCGAAAAAGGGCACUUGUAAAGGUUCUUUAGUGACCGAGGCCAAGAGAAUUGAAUUGGUGGAUCUUCAAAGUGCCUUUUAUGUGAUUGCUAUUGGAAUUGUGCUGGCAUCAUUUAUUAUUGUCAGUGAAUGUUUUUAUUUUAAACGAAGUUUCAGUAUUCAAUACCAGACAUAA